CUUACGACUCGUUUCAGCACAAGGACGCCUCUGGCCUGACUGCCGGACUUUCGUAACUCCACAGGUUUCACUCUUUUGUCUAUCUGCAAUAUCGGUCAAGGGUGGUGUCAGGCCUAGUAGAUUGUCUAGUAAAGUGAAUCCACAAUUUGGAAGUAGGCGGCGAAAACCAUAAAAAUUAAGUCUCUUCCUCCAAUUCACGUUUUUCUCUUUUCCAUACCUAUACCUCUCGACACCACUCUUUCAAACAUGUCAGACGGCACAAUUGUACUUACCGGAGCCACCGGCUUCUGUGGUUUCGCUAUCCUCCAGGAGGCUCUUCAAUUCGACUACAACAUCCGCAUCGUGGUGCGCAGCGAUGCCAAAGCCGAUAUUGUUCGCAACAACCCAUGCUAUAAGUCUCUUACCAGGAAAUUUUCGCCAUGCAGUUUCUGGGUCGUCCCAGAUCUGGCCGCCGAAGGAGCUCUGGAUGAAGUAACAGUGGGUGCCGAUUACAUAAUUCACUCUGCAUCGCCAGUACCCUUUUCGAACGCUACUAUGGAGCCUGCAGAGCAGUGGAACCAAUUGAUCGAGCCUGCCAUCAACAACACACUUUCCGCUUUGAAGUCAGCACAAAAGUCCGGCACUGUGAAGAGAGUCGUCAUCACUUCUUCCUGCGCCAUCUUCAUUUCUCCCGCCGUCCUUGGUGGUCCCGUAGACGUCCCCGUCACUGUCACUGAGGAGACAGUCAAUCCUGAAAUCCCUCCUCCUUAUUCAGGCAACAUGGUCGCCUAUGUGGCAUCCAAAGUCUCUUCAUUCCGCCGCUCGAGACAAUGGAUGGAAGAGAACAAGCCGAACUUCGACGUCGUCAACAUUUGCCCCACCUACGUCCAAGGAAGAAACGAAUUGGCUACUUCACCUGCGGACUUGAUGGCCACAAGCAACAUCCUCUUCCUCCGCAUUGCGCUGGGCCUCACACCCCCCAACUCACCAGCCGAAUUGGCUUCCGUGGUGCACAUCGAAGACGUAGCAGCCAUCCACGUAGCCGCCCUAAACAAAUCCUCCAUCCCCGCUGGCGAAUACCUCUUCGGUCAAGAAUGCAAAUGGAACGACGUAAACGACAUUUGCAAAGACCUAUUCGCUGAGCAAGUGGAAAGCGGUGUUUUGCCCUGUACUGGAAACGUGCCUACUAAAUCGGUGGUUUGCAGUAAGGAAAAGACGGAACGCGUGUUUGGGAUUGAGUUGAAGGGGGUGGAGGAUAUGGUUGAGGAUUUGAUGGAGCAGUAUUUGGAGCUUUCUGGGUUGCAGGGGAAGAAUGAUGAGGAUGAUGAGGAUGAUGAGUAGACGAAAUUCCAUACAGACCCCUCAGAAGCAACAUCUGGUGAGAGCGUAAUUUAUAAAGCUUUGUUAAUACUUGCAACAUCUAGACUUUCGGAGUAC